AUGGAGCUGAGUAAGUUGGAGUUAGGACGGGUUAUAAAUACAAAAGACAGCAAGAAGCUGCUUGCGGAGAUAGAUUCAAUUUGCGGCUUUAACGGAUACAACUUCUUCCCAGGCGCGCAGCCUGUGACUAUGUCGCGAGAGUCGCUGGUUGAGCUAAAACAGAAAGACUACUAUGUGUGCGAAAAGAGCGACGGCCUGCGGGCUCUUCUUUACGUUAAGCAAAUCAAAAACAAAGCGUACUCUUUUUUUAUCGACAGAAACUGCACCUUUGUCCAUGUGGAAAAGCCGUUUCUGCCAAACGGAUCAUUUUUGAUGGACGGUGAGAUCAUAAAAGACAACACAGGCAGAUACAUCUUCAUGGUCUUUGACAUGCUAAUGUGCCAGAGUGUUUCCAUCUGCCAGAAGACACUUGUGGAAAGACUGACAAUGGCCAACUGA